AUGACGGAACCCAAACGAUCAAGAAGACAUAAGAUCUUGGAGAAUAGGGUUGAAGAGCUACAUUUGGAGAAUGGAGAUGCCCCGGGCAGGUUGGGGAAAGAGAUCAAGGAGGAGGCUACAAAUAGCGACGGGUCCUCACCUAAGGAUACUUCCAUGAAAUCCUUUUCACAAUCGCCCAUAAAGACAGAAAUACCUACGCAGUCACCUUCUACGUCAAGCGAGAAGCAUGAGGAGGUCGUGGGUGGCGAAGUGACUGUGAAGCUGGAGCCAGGUCAUCCCCCCAAGCUCGCUCGCAGCACCUCCCACAAGAUUAUAUCUAAGCCAGCUCCUUUAUUUCACGAUCACCCGAGUAAGACCGAAGAGUCCAGACAUACCUUCCAGGUGCUAGAACAAUGUUCCUACACCUCGAAGUACAUUGGGUCUACGGAGCAUGGCUCUAUGGAUUGCGACUGCGCAGAGGAGUGGGAUAGCUUCACGAAGACCAACUCAGCAUGUGGGAACGACUCAGACUGCAUCAAUCGUGCGACGAAGAUGGAAUGUGUCAGCGAUUGUGGAUGUGGAGCUGAGUGCCAAAACCAAAGAUUCCAACGACGACAAUUCGCAGACGUGACGGUCUUCAAAACAGAGAAGAAAGGUUAUGGUCUACGAGCUGAUACAGAUCUUAAUCCUGAUGAUUUCAUUUACGAGUAUAUUGGAGAGGUCAUCGACGAAGCCCGCUUCCGCCGCCGCAUGGUCCAAUACGACGAAGAAGGCAUAAAGCAUUUCUACUUCAUGUCCCUCACGAAAGGUGAAUUCGUCGAUGCCACUAAGAAAGGCAACUUGGGGAGAUUCUGCAACCAUUCCUGUAAUCCAAAUUGUUACGUGGACAAGUGGGUGGUGGGUGAAAAACUUCGAAUGGGUAUCUUUGCUGAGCGGAAAAUCAAAGCCGGUGAAGAACUUGUAUUCAAUUACAACGUUGAUAGGUAUGGUACUGAUCCACAGCCUUGCUAUUGUGGUGAGCCCAAUUGCACUGGCUUCAUCGGUGGUAAGACUCAAACCGAGCGUGCAACUAAAUUGUCAAAUACAACAAUCGAGGCCCUCGGUAUCGAAGAUGGCGAUGGUUGGGAUACCGCCGUCGCGAAGAAGUCCCGCAAGAAGAAGGUUGGGGAAGAGGAUGAAGAGUACGUCAACAAUGUCCAACCCAAAUCCCUGGAUGAGGAUGGCGUCACCAAGGUCAUGGCCACCUUAAUGCAAUGCAGGGAGAAAUGGAUCGCCGUCAAGCUGCUAGGUCGAAUCCAGCGCUGCGAUGACGAACGAGUGCGUAAUCGGGUCGUCAAGAUGCAUGGGUAUCAAAUCCUCAAUUCGACCCUAAUUCUAUGGAAAGAGGACUUCAACGUCGUUCUACAAGUCUUCGAUAUCCUCGGCAAAUUCCCUCUUCUAACACGAAACAAGAUCAACGACUCCAAGAUAGAAGCAACUGUCGAGAGUUUGAAAGAUUGUGGCGAUGACAUGGUGAAUUCACAAGCUCAGGGGCUCUUGGAUGCAUGGAGUAAACUCGAAGUCGCUUACCGCAUACCUCGUAAGAAGCGCGAUGUACUAAACAACACGACUACCACCACCCCGGAAUUUACGAAUCGCUCGGGACGGCGGGAUUCAAGUCGCGAAGAACGAAAGGCGCGCUCCAGGUCCCGUUCACGAUCGAAGUCCAGGUCACGCUCACGAUCAAUCGACGCUCCAAAAGGACCAGCAGCACCCAAUGGCCCACGGUCAAACUUCCCUCAGCGAGGUCCUGGUUUCUAUAAUGGGCCCAGAGGUUCCUAUCGGUCGCGACCUUUCGGUGCGUUGCCUGAAGGCUGGUUUGCGGCGCAGGAUGACGACGGCAGGACGUAUUACUACGAUCUGAGUGGCAAAACGACGUGGCAGAGACCCACGAUGGUAGCGCGGCCACCACCCCCCUCCUAA